AUCACUUUCUUGUUGCCUACUCUAAUUUCCAAGUACUCAAAUCUCUGCCUGAAGCUUGAAACCAAAACAAUCAACAAACCCUAAAAAGCGAGCAAAAUCUUCAAUUCACAAUGGCAUCGGCGAUGGUCCUGGACCCGAAACCCCUACCGGAGCCACCGGCUUCGCUGCCCUCCCUCAGAUCCGACCCGGCCUUCACCGACCCGAACUCCGACGAGGACUCCGAUCUCUACAGCCGCCUCAAGGCGCUUCAGCGCCAGAACGAGUUCAUCGACAUCAAGGAGGAGUACGUCAAGGACGAGCAGAAGAAUCUGAAGCGCGAGAUGCUGCGGUCGCAGGAGGAGGUGAAGCGGAUCCAGUCGGUGCCGCUGGUGAUCGGCCAGUUUCUCGAGAUGGUCGACGAGAACCACGGCAUUGUGGGCUCCACCACGGGGUCCAAUUACUACGUGAGGAUUCUGAGCACGAUUAACCGGGAGCAUCUGAAGCCGUCGGCCUCGGUGGCGUUGCACCGCCACUCCAAUGCUCUUGUGGAUGUUCUGCCGCCGGAGGCGGACUCCAGUAUCUCGCUGCUCAGCCAGUCGGAGAAGCCCGACGUCACCUACAGUGAUAUUGGAGGAUGCGAUAUUCAGAAGCAAGAAAUCCGUGAAGCAGUGGAACUUCCACUUACUCACCAUGACUUAUACAAACAGAUUGGAAUAGAUCCUCCACGUGGUGUAUUGCUCUAUGGUCCACCUGGAACUGGUAAAACCAUGCUAGCUAAGGCUGUGGCUAACCAUACAACUGCUGCUUUCAUUAGAGUUGUUGGUUCAGAAUUUGUUCAGAAGUAUUUGGGUGAGGGUCCACGAAUGGUUCGUGAUGUUUUCCGCCUUGCCAAGGAGAAUGCACCUGCCAUCAUCUUUAUUGAUGAGGUUGAUGCUAUUGCUACUGCAAGGUUUGAUGCUCAAACUGGAGCUGAUAGAGAAGUUCAACGAAUCCUAAUGGAGCUCCUCAAUCAGAUGGAUGGGUUUGACCAGACUGUAAACGUUAAGGUCAUAAUGGCUACUAAUCGUGCAGACACUUUGGAUCCUGCACUUCUGCGUCCCGGAAGGCUUGACCGUAAGAUUGAAUUUCCUUUGCCUGAUAGGCGUCAGAAAAGGCUUGUUUUUCAGGUUUGCACUGCUAAAAUGAACUUGAGUGAUGAGGUAGACUUGGAAGAUUAUGUAUCUCGGCCAGAUAAAAUCAGCGCUGCUGAGAUUACAGCUAUCUGUCAAGAAGCCGGAAUGCACGCAGUUCGCAAGAACCGAUAUGUCAUACUCCCAAAGGACUUUGAAAAGGGUUAUCAAACCAAUGUGAAGAAGCCUGAUACUGACUUUGAAUUCUACAAAUGAUCGCGCUGGAGGAGGUUGAUAUGACUUAGACGCUAGGGUUGCUGAAGAGCCCCUGUUAAAUAUGGCUUCUUUGCCAUUACAGCUCACUGGAAGGCUUUUUUAAAUUAAUGUCUUGUAUGGUCUUGAGCUGUCAAGUGAAACUAUACUGUUGUUUAUUGUGAUAGUGCAGUUCUUCUAGCGUGUUACUUGAUAUUCUUCUUUGAUCUCAGCAUGUGUCAAAUUUAUGAGAACACUUUCAUGUUAACUAGAAGACGGGUCAAAAUUACAAAUUAUUAGAGGACUAUUCCUUCAGCAAAGUAAGAAUGAAAUUUAAUGGAGUGCAAAAUGAUCUUUGUGUUUU